GGUAACUAUCUGAGAAGUCUCUCUUAAAUGACGUUGUUCCGUGUCGAUAGUAGAUAGAUAGUGAGUGUUUCAUAUGUUUCAUCUUAGACAAAAGGUCGAGAAGCGAUUCAUAUAUAGCGACAUGUUUGGUGAUAUAAAGUGAAUUCAGGAUUGUGAUGGAAAACUCCCCAUCCCCGCUGCCAGAGAGAGCCAUUUACGGAUUUGUUCUCUUCCUCGGUUCUCAGUUCGGCUUCUUUCUUUAUUUGGUGUGGGCCUAUGUUCCGGAGUCUUGGCUACAUUCAAUUGGGCUGACAUAUUGGCCUCAGAAGUAUUGGGCAGUUGCUGUGCCAGUCUAUCUUCUGGUUGCUAUUACCAUUUGUUUUAUCCUUCUGUUUGGUGUAAAUAUGAUGAACACAGCCCCUCUAAACUCUGUGGACACCAUAACAGAUGGCUAUGCCAGAAGUCAGCAGGUGGGAGAUGGUCAGAAAGGGGCAAUACCCAGAUUAAAAGACAUUUCUAUAAGUGAAGUGAAUAGAAUGUUUUAUCUCUCAUCUCAGGAACACCACUAAAGAAAUGCAAGCUUUGGUCUACAUAGAAAGCACAAAGUAAUCAGUCUGAAAACAUGCUGUCAGAUAAAAUACAUAAGAGUGGGUAACCAAAAACAGACUGCUAGACAUUAUCGUAAUGCUCCGCAUUAUUUUUAUUUCAUUCUGUGAUGUGAACUGUUCUGUGACUAUCUUUAUGUAUUUAUUAUUACAAUAAAUGUUUACCAAUAAAUAACGUGUCCAUUACAAUGCUUAUGAUUGGUAUUUUAUGAUAUUUACGAC